CCGUACACUCGUGAACUUCCACUUGGCCAACUGCAAACGACCCUAUCGAGCAUCGUGGCGUAUGUGUUGACGGAGUUGCUCUCUCUUGUAUCACUUCAAAUAAUAGUGAGGCGCAAGCUCGGAUUGUCACUGCUGCACCAGCUCGCGUUCGUGCUGGAGACAGAGGUGGGAUCGCUACAAGGUCGGUUGAUCACAUGGAUUGUUAUCCUAUUUCAGCUCCCGCUGGUACACUUCGGUAUG